AUGUCUCUUUCUGUUUUGCCUUGUCUAUCCAUGUUUCUCGCUGUUUCUGCCUGUUUUUCAUUAUUACUCGUUGUUACGUCGGAUCUCUCUCUCUCUCUCUCUCUCUCUCUCUCUCUCUCUCUCUCUCUCUCUCUCUCUCGCUCUCUAUCUCUCUCCGUUAUGCAUUAUCUAUCUAUGUUUUUCUCCUCUCUCUGUUUCGCCAUUUCUUGUUUCUCUCCGUUGCUUCUUGUCUCCUUUUCUUUCUCGUUGUUACGACGAGUCUCUCUCUCUCUCUCUCUCGUCCUCUCUCUCUCUCUCUCUCUAUGUUUUAUCUAUCCAUGUUCCUCUCUAUUUCUCCUUGUUUUUCUUUAUUACUCGUUGUUACGCCAGGUCUCUCUCUCUAUCUCUAUCGCUCUUUCUUUCUUUCUUUCUUUCUUUCUUUCUUUCUCUUUGUUUUCUAUCCAUGUUUCUCUCCUUUUCUCCUGUUCACCAUUUCUUUCUCUUUGCUUUGCUGUGCCUCUCCCUGUUUCACACUUUUUCUCUUUGUCUCUCGCGGUUUCUCACCGUUCCGCCUUGCCUCUCCCUGUUCCACAUUGUCUCUUGAUGCUUUUCCUUGCAUCACCCUAUUUUUCAUUGUUUCACAGUGUCUCGGUCUGUUUCUCACUUUCUUGCUUUAUCCACCCCCUGCUUGUCGCUGUUUCGCCUAAUUCUCUUUUAUUUCUCGUUAUCUUUUCUUGUUUCUCGGGCUUUCGACUUGUCUCUUCUCGUUUCUCAGUUUUUCGAUUGUUUCUUCCUGUUUAUUGGUGUUUGGACCUGUCACUUCCUGUUUCUCGGUGUUUCGUUGUUACAGAUGUCAGAACAGCGACAAUUAUGUCUUCCUUCAAAAAUGCCCUUAAAACAAAACAGAAAACUCACAGGGAACGAAGUCAGCCAAGUUCCCGAGCACAUCUGGGAUUUCUUGAAAAGAAAAAGGAUUAUAAAAAACGUGCUGACGAUCAGCACAGAAAAGAGAAAAUACUUAAGAAUCUCAAGAUAAAAGCACUUAAUCGAAAUCCAGAUGAAUUCUAUUUCAAAAUGGUCCAUAAUAAAAAAGUGGUGAGUAUUAUAUUUUCUUUGACUAUCUGGAAUUGGAUUUCUUCCAAAGGUUUCCCAUUUUUAAAAAAUGUUUAUAACUUCUGA